CUUCAUUUGUACUAAGCAAACAUGUUAAAAUAGAUGUAGAAAUAUCAUAAAUUGGAACGUAAAAACAAUUUUGAUAUUGCCUAAAAAAUAUUUAAUAAUGGAAUCUGAAAAAGUUAGAGAAUUCUUAAAGGAAACAUUUAAGAAUAAGUACAAAAUUAUAGAACCAAAAAUUUCGCCGUUGACCAAACCAGGCGAAAAUUUUUUAAGUGUUAUGUUAAAAGUUGACUUGAAAUUAAAAAAAGACGAAGAAUCAGCCGAAGAAACUUUACAUGCAGUUGCCAAAUGUGUGAAAACUUCUAAUGCAUUUGCCUCGGAAAUAUUUCCCAUGGCUUUUAGGAACGAAAUUAAUUUUUAUAAAGAGGUUGUACCUGCUUUGCACAAUUUUCAAAGAGAAAGAGGCUUAGAUGAGAUUAUGGACUUUUUUCCAGAAUUUUAUGGGGCUAGGAUAAAUAAAAAUGGAGGGGAUGUAGUUGAUGAUAAUGUGGUUUUGGUUUUAGGAAAUUUAAAUGUCCAAGGUUACAAAAAUUUAGACCGUUACCUUGGAUUUGACUUAGAAGGCGCUAAAUUAAUUUUAAAAGAUCUUGCUACACUGCACGCUACAGCCUUGGCUUUAAAAUUUACAAAAAGAGAAGAGUUCGAAGAGAAAAUAAAAAAAUAUUGCCAAAAAGCAAUUCCGCCUCCACCGCACGAAAACGAAAACCCUUAUAAACAAAAGUUAGCAGUAUUUUUUGAAAUUCUCGAAGAUUAUGAAGAAUGUCGACCAUACGUGAAGAGUUUAAAAAAUAAAUUUUCAAAAAUGAGGGAGAAAUUAAAUGAGUUUUUCGAUUUACCACCUAGAGAACCCUUCGCAACUUUAGUACACUGUGAUGUUUGGGUCAAUAAUACAAUGCAAAUUACCGAAGAUGGAAAAUUAACAAAAAAUAAAUUAGUGGAUUUUCAAUUAUUUUUUUAUCAAUCUCCAGCAACUGACGUAUUAUUUUUCCUAUGGACUAGCGUUCAAACGAAGAUCCUUCAAAAUUAUUUUGAGAGUCUUCUAGAAUAUUACCACAAUGAAUUCAUAGAGUGUUUGCGAAACUUAAAUUGUAAUACAAAUCUUUUUACUUUUGAAAAAUUUUUGGAAGAAAUGGAUUUUGCAGCUCCUUCCAAUUUCAUGGAUAUUAUGUAUAUGACUACAUUUGUUGUAUUUGGAAAGAAGUAUCAGAAUGAAUUUGAUGUUGAUACAGAUAAUGUUCUAAAAGAAGAUGUGCCAAUUAUUGCUAGAGAUAAAAUUGCUUAUAUGGUAUAUGAAUAUGGUAGAAGAGGAUGGAUAUAAUAAAUAAAUGAUAUUAAAUUUAAAAAAAAUUACUUUUCAUUUCACAAGACCAAUGAAUAAAUUAAUAGUACCAAUUAUUAGGCCCUAAUAUUAGAAUUAGUCAGUUUUAAAUUAGUACUCCGUGUGCAAGUUUGUGAAGCAAUAUAGUGUUACACAUAAAAAUUUUUGGAAAAAUGUG